AUGCAGCAAUCCCAUUACAGCAUGAACUUCAUAUUAUUAGCGGUUUUCCUGAUCAUUAUUCUCAUGUCAUUUGCUGUGUAUAAGUAUAUAAGGCCUCGUUACCCUGUGAGAGUGAACUGUUGGUUUUGUUGCACUGAUACAGUUGUUCCUUAUGGUAACAGGAAUUGUUGGGACUGUCCUUCCUGCCAGCAGUAUAAUGGUUUUAAUAAGGAUGGUGAUUACAACAAACCAAUACCAACUCAAUACAAUGGAGAUCUGAACCACCCUGUAUCCUGUGUGCAGAGUGAUUUCAUCAGCAAAACUGAUGUCCUGUGUGAAAAGUGUUCCAGAAAUCAGCUGUUGAAAACCAAACAGCUGGCUGCUUUUGUUCCAUUGAAUGAGGCCAACUUUGAUACAGAAGUAGCAGAGUUUGAGAGAUAUUUAGAGAAGCUCUAUAAACUUUGCCCAGAAUGUCAGGCUGUGGUUAACAAAGAACUGUUCAAACAGGAUGAACUUUUGCAGGAGAAAUUGGAUAAUUUUUACAGUGAAACUUCACCAUUGCCAACAGAUGAUUCUCAGAUACAAAUUCCAGAAAGGUCUGUCCACAGCGCUGUGAUAGUUGGGCGUGUCAUGGAGGCUGUUUCUGCAGUGUGCAGUCUUCUUCUCUUCUUUGCCUACCUCAGCAGUGUCUCGAACCCCGGGGAAUAUCAAGGACUCAGUGAAUAUUUAAGACAAUGCGUAGUCAGCAUUAACGAAUAUAGGAAAUUGAUUGGAAUGGUUGGUUUAAUAUCAAGUAUCAUUGGUAAAAUCGCAGUAGGAAAAAACAGACUCCUUCUCUCGGAUACCUUACAGAUCCCAUUGUGGCUCAGUGUUCUCUUUAUGCAACAGGAAAACACUGGUAUACCUGUCAUUGUAAAGGCUGAGCCUGUGCUGCUCUUUAGUAAUUUAGUGGUUUCAUCUCUGUGUUGUACAUCCUGCAGGAUUUCCAAAACAGCACCCAGUAUCAAUAUACGAAGGCUUUCCUUGGACGUGAGCAAGUCUUCAUCUUGUCCUUCUGACACGUCUAAAAGCACUGUGCUGUACUCAGCCAGUCAGGUUGGAGACCAGGAGAGGUCAGAGGUCGUGGAGGAAGACCAGGCUGAUCUGGAUGAUACACUGUCUGAGCUGGAAGCUGUGUCACUGGGACAGCCUGGAAGUAGUGGACAAAAUGGACUUUUCAGCAGCUCCUUCACAAAUUCUAUUCAUGCUCCUAGUUACUCAAACUCGUCUGUAGCUAAAGCCCUCCGGGAGAAAAGACCAUUGAUAAGUCCUGCUAAACUAAAGUUUUCACUGCAAAAUAGGUCUUCAACACCGAAAAAAUUCCAAGCAACAAAGACAAGAAGCCAGUUCUCUGUAAAUCAAGGUUCACAUCUGCAGGCAGAAAUGACAAACUUUUUCCAACCUCAGUCAUCACAGAAGAGAGGCUCAAUGUCGACUACUAACUCCAGCUUUAGUGCCCCAAGGCUGACCGAGAGUAGUAUUAACUCCAGUGUUCUUAGGAAGUUCCAGUCCAAGCAACUGUCACAAACUGAAAACUCAGAGCAGUAUUCUGAUGACAGUGAUUCUAGUCAGCAGACAUCAAUCUGUCCAGUAGAUAGCACAACAAAACAGUCAGUAGGCUUCUCUCUAAGACUGGAUGGUGCCGGAAAGACUACUCUGCUGUACAGAAUAAAACUGGGAGAAGUCAUAGAUGCCUUACCAUCUAUAGGUUUCAAUGUUGAGACAAUACAACACAAAAACAUAAGGUUCACGGCAUGGGACGUUGGUUGUCGAGAGAAAAUGCGGCCACUGAUUCGAUUUUACUACAAAGGUACAGAUGCUGUCAUAUUUGUCCUCGACCGGAGUGACGAAGAAAGAAUGGACGAAUUAUAUCACGACAUUCUACUUCCCGCCAAUCUGUCACCAGAACUGAACCAGACGGUGUAUCUUUUUCUAGCCAACAAAUCUGAUCUUGAUGACGUCAUGACUAUGGAGGAUAUCACAGAAAAACUCAGGCUGAAUCAACUGAAAAGGGUUUGGAAUUUAUUUCCCGUUUCUGCAAAGACAGGGGAAGGAAUCGAAGAAGCAUUUGACUGGUUAGUUUCUCAGUUAGGAUCUACUCCGGCGAAGAAAGUCACAACUGGUGCUGCGACACAGGAUACAAAAAAUCAAACUCAGAAAUUUACAUACGGAAUGGAACAAUGUACAAGAGCGUUUACAUCUCUUAAGUGGUUAUUCAUGAAAUCAAAUUCACAAGAAUCAGUAACGGACGUUGAUGAUGACAUCGAGACAACUUAGAUAAACAUCUAUAAAAAAAUAUCUUCCCCAUUUCAUCUAUGUCCAUUCACCACAAUUUAACUCGGGGUGUUAUACUGUUAUUUUGUUCAUUUUACAAUUAGUGCAAUAUUAAUCUUGAGUAACCUUUCAAACGUAUUUGCCUUACCAGUUAUUAUUAUUAUUUUUAUACGUUGUAUGCAUUUUGAUGUGCCAUAUUAUAUGCAUCUUAACAAAUAAAGAACUAUACAUUAUAGUUGCAUAUGGUAUGCAUCACUGAAAUAUUCCAUUAUAUAUGCAAAUAACUAAGGGUAAACUUUUCCUUGAAAGGAAAAGCAUGGAAGAAUAUUAGUGAUAAUAUUAUUAAAUUUUUUAAAGAAAGUUUAGUUUACAGAGUUACAAUCAGACUGGAUCGCUGGCUGUCAAUAGGAAAUUGUCAGUCCUUUCCAAAGUUAUUCAUAAUAUGCUUUUCUGAACAAAUCACGUAUAUUAAUACAAUACGCUAUAAACAGAAUAUAGAUGACGUCAAAUUCAGUGCUUGCUGAUUUACCAUGUGCAUUAUGAGUUAUAUUGAUACAUUAUUUGUUGAUGUUGAAGUUAGUAUUUCUAUUAUUGUAAAGUGUUGCUUGAUAUGUUGCAAACAAUAAAAUAAAACACACACAA